AUGACUAACCCCUGCGCAGCCUUCACCAGUGGCUCCCUCUCCUCUUGGGAGGUGUCAGGGAAGAUGAGCAGAGGACGAGCAGGCAGCACGUCCCCGGAUCACCUGGGCCCCCCACGGGGCUGGCACCCAGCGGCUACGGCUCCCUCAGCCCACGGAGACGGCGGAUACCGCUGCUCUUCUUACCCCUCCUUCUCCAUCGACGAGAGGCUCCUGACCCCCGUGCACCUCGAUAUCGACUCGGACUUCCAGGCUGUGAGGGAGCAGGAGAAAGAGGACAUCAAGCUGCUCAACAACCAGUUCGUGACCCUCAUUGAGAAGGUCCAGUCCUUGGAGCAACAGAACAAGAUCCUGACGACGAGGUGGAACUUCCUGAAGGACCAAGACAAUUCCCACUCCGAGUCGGACAUCAAGGCCAUCUAUGACCAGUACAUGAGCAAAAUGAAUCAAGAGAUGAAGGCGCUCAACUUUGAGCAGGAAAAUCUCGAGUCGGAGCUGACGAGGGUCCUGAGCAACAUGGAUAACUUCCGAAGCAAAUAUGAGGAUGAAAUUCGCCUCUGUAGUGGCAUGGAAUACACCUUCAUGGAGCUCAAAAAGGAUUUAGAUGUAAGCACCUUGCACAGAACCGAGCUGGAAGUAAAACUCAAAGGCCUCCAAGAGCUGAUGGAUUUGAAAAAAACCAUCUACGAGCAGGAACUCGAGGAGCUGCUGACAGAAAUUAAGGACAUUUCUGUAGUACUGGGAAUUGACAACACGUGCAAGCUUGAUUUGAGCAGAAUCGUGGAAGAAGUCAGGGCCCAGUAUGAAGCUCUGGCUCUUCGGAGCUGGGAGGAGGCUGAAGCACUUACCAGGAGAAAGCUGAACGAAGGAAGCACCCAGUCAGGCACCUACGGGGGUCAUCUCCUCGACAGCCGACGGGAGAUCGCGGACCUGAACAUACAGAUCCAGAAGCUGAGGUCCUGCAUCGUGUCCCAAAAGAGCCAGUGCCUGUACUUGGAGGAGCACAUCAAGGAGGCAGGAGAGCACGGCGAGAUGGCCCUCAAGGACGCCAAAGCCAAACUGGCCGAGCUGGAAGAAGCCCUACAGAAGAGCAAGGAGGACAUGGCUCACCUGGUGAAAGAGUAUCAGGAGCUGAUGAACAUCAAGCUGGCUCUGGAUGUGGAGAUCCUCACGUACAGGAAGCUGAUGGAAGGGGAGGAGAGCAGCAUGGAGCAACCGAUACCCACCGUCAUCAGCGCUGUCCACUCCACACCAAAGCACCUUUCUGCCAGCACCUUGAGGAACUCCAAGCUGUUUGCAAGAGGAACGGGCAGCACCAACGGCGAGACGAAGCCCAACGGAGGCAUCCGCCCCCGAGAAGCCGCGGUUCCAACUCGGCGCCACCUGGAGCAGACGCUGUCGUCAGCGGUGCCCGGCCAAAGCUCAGCUCCCUGCCCUGAGUGA